CGAUGAUAGGCCAACAGCUUCCGUGACCUGUAGCCGCGCGUCUGUGCCUGUGGCUGAGCUAGGCUGGGCGCGGGCACUUCCGCGGGGGAGCAGCCGGAGAGGGAGCCAUGGGGACAGUGCACGCCCGGAGUCUGGAGCCUCUUCCAUCGAGUGGACCUGACUUUGGAGCUUUGGGAGAAGAAGCUGAGUUUGUGGAAGUUGAACCUGAGGCGAAACAGGAAAUUCUGGAAAACAAAGAUGUGGUGGUUCAGCAUGUUCAUUUUGAUGGACUUGGACGGACUAAGGAUGACAUCAUCAUUUGUGAAAUUGAAGAUGUUUUUAAGGCUAAAAACCUCAUUGAGGUAAUGCGGAAAUCACAUGAAACCCGUGAAAAACUGCUUCGCCUAGGAAUUUUUAGGCAAGUGGAUGUUUUGAUCGACACAUGUCAUGGUGAUGAUGCACUGCCAAAUGGAUUAGAUGUCACCUUUGAAGUGACAGAGUUAAGGAGGCUUACUGGCAGUUACAACACCAUGGUUGGAAACAAUGAAGGCAGUAUGGUACUUGGCCUCAAACUCCCCAAUCUCCUAGGACGUGCAGAAAAAGUGACUUUUCAGUUUUCAUAUGGAACCAAAGAAACUUCCUAUGGCCUGUCAUUCUUCAAACCACAGCCUGGAAACUUCGAGAGAAAUUUCUCUGUAAACUUAUAUAAAGUUACUGGGCAGUUCCCAUGGAGCUCACUCCGGGAGACCGACAGAGGAGUGUCUGCUGAGUAUAGUUUUCCCAUAUGGAAGACCAGUCACACCGUCAAAUGGGAGGGUGUGUGGCGGGAACUGGGCUGCCUCUCGAGGACUGCAUCAUUUGCUGUGCGGAAGGAAAGCGGACACUCACUGAAGUCGUCUCUCUCGCAUGCCAUGGUCAUCGACUCUCGGAAUUCAUCUAUCUUACCAAGAAGAGGGGCCUUGCUCAAAGUCAACCAGGAGCUGGCGGGCUAUACUGGAGGUGAUGUGAGCUUCAUCAAGGAAGACUUUGAGCUUCAGCUGAAUAAGCCACUCAUGUUGGAUUCGGUAUUCUCCACAUCUCUCUGGGGUGGAAUGUUGGUGCCCAUUGGUGACAAGCCAUCCAGCAUUGCUGACAG